AUGAUGUCGCUUCACCACUUCAUCGCCAUUGCGCUCACCACGAGCUCCCUCGCCUUGGCGCAAGACUCUCCAAUUCCAACUAAACUUCUUUCAAAUCCCGUCCAACCCACUGCCUUUUCCGACGACCCUGCCUUGACCACCCACAGGCCGCUCGUCAUCGUCACACCAAGUUCUGGAACCGACCAAGCUGAAAGCACAUCGAGUGUCAUCCUGACCCUGCCAGACACAACCGCAACCCUAAAAGACACCCUCUACGUCCAAACCACCAUGCCCGCACCAUCAUCGCCUCCAACUCCAACAGCAUCAGGCCUCUUCCCGCAAACGACAUUUCCCAACUUCAACUCAACAACAACGACCACCACCACCACUGCGGCAGAGACUUCGCCGUCCAUCCCACCUUCUUCGCCUUCUUCUCUCACCACGCUGACGGGCACGAAAACGCAAACGCUGACGUCGAAUCCGGCUUCCGUGCCGACGGCGUUUGCAAAUGCUGCGGCUGGGCUCAUUGCCCUUGUUGGUUUGGCCAUGGCCUUGUGA